AUAAAUUUUUUGUCCUUAUGAAAUUAUGAAUAUUUAUAUUUAGUCCCUAUAUAAAUUUUCUCCAAUCUUAGUCUCUACUUUCUAAUUUUUUUUUUUUACAAAUGGUGAGUAUUCUUAGUCAUAGUAUUUAGUCCCUGUAAAUGCAAAAUAAGGACCAAUUUUAGACAAAAUUUGUGUGGGGAUUAAACUUAAAAGUUGUAACUUUAUAAAUGGUGAGUAUUCUGAACAUAACAGAUUACUUGGAAUAACAAAUUGACAUAUUCAACCCACUCAUGAGGGAAGGAAGGGCCACAACCCUAUGUGUCCCUCCUUCCAUCCAUCUAGCCUAUGUGCAUUGUACUAAAAAUCGACAUAUAUUUUUGGAUUGAUGUAUAUUACACAUUAUUAUUGGCACAUUUAAUGUAAAAAUUAUUUGGUCAAUGCCAUUAUGCCAUCCUACCUAUAAGGAUGGAGGUAUAGCAAUAAUAUAUAAACCCUUUAGACUCGUAUAGAGCCACCACACAUCAUAGUACAUAGAAAAUGUCCUCACCAACUUCAUUUCGGUUCCUUUCUUUAAUUUCUUUGCUUUUGAUUAUCAUCAAUCCAUCUCAAUCUCAUUCUUCUGAGUUCAAUAGAAGAAAUAAUGGUGUUGUCUAUGUUUCUUUGUAUUAUGAAUCUUUGUGUCCAUAUAGCAAGGAUUUCUUCUUGAAUGUGCUUGAGAAUUUUAUUAAAUUAGAUGUCAUGUCUAUUGUUCACCUUCAUUUGGUUCCUUAUGGCAAUGCUUUAACUAUGGCAAAUGGAACUGUAUCUUGCCAGCAUGGUCCUGAUGAAUGCUACUAUAAUACCAUAGAAGCAUGUGCUCUUAAAACCUAUCCAAUGAGAUUUAGUUUGGCAUUCAUCUUUUGUAUUGAGAAUGGCUUACCUGCUACAAGCAAAAAACCAAGUUUAUGGAGAACCUGCUGCAACCGUCUCAGAUUGAACCCAAAACCCAUUAAGAAUUGUUAUUCUAGACAUGGAAAUCAGCUCCAUAGACACAAUGGUAGAGAAACAAAUUGGCUAAAUCCACCUCUUACUCACACACCUUGGCUCCUUGUGAAUGGCCAAUAUGUGAAUGCUGAUUUUGGUGAUCUCGUGAAAUCUGUAUGCAAUGCCUACAAGGGUCCUUUGAGAUUCAGAGCUUGCAAAAGAUGGAAAGUGGAGAACAUGUCUAAUAAGAGGGUGUUCCCAUAAUAACAUUCUAGGGUUUUUUUAACAGUUGUUUUUAUGUUUUUGUUUUAAAUUUAGUGUUCCAAAGCAUUUCCAUUUUGAGUUUUAGUGUUAUGAAGAAUUUACGUUUCAAUUUCAAA